CCCCUCAGCCAGCAGGCGCUCAGCAGCAGCAUCCUCAGAUGUUACAGGGAAGAGGCUACAGCCAUGAGGGACCGGUGUGCGUCUCUGGCUGACUGAAGGUUUUAUUGGCAUGCUUCAUCGUGACCACGCUGGCGUUCACAUGUGAGAUGAUGUGAGCAGCGGGCAGACAGGACACGGACUGAAGCGACAGAAUGAGUGAGCUGGCAGCCUCCGGGGCGGUGGAGCCCCCUCCGUCCUACAUGAUCUUUCUGGUGGUUUUCCUCUUCUUCCUGACCGGACUGCUGGGGUUCCUCAUCUGCCACAUGCUGAAGCUGAAGGGCUACCGCUGUCGAACCGGAGACAUGGAGGAUGAGGAGGAGGAGGAGGAGGAGAAGCUUGCAGCCAGUCCAGAUGAUGAAUAUGAGGGGAAUCAGGACACAGUGGAGCAGAUCCUCAAAUGUAUAAUUGAGAAUGAAGCAAACAUGGAAGCCUUCAAUGAGCUGCUGGGGAACCACAAUAUCUGUGUGCUUCAUGAUCCCAGGCUACGAAAGGAAUCCAUUGCAGGCAUCCCUCCCCAUCUCCACACAGUCCACUCCGGCACCAACCUCAACACCUGCCACCUCUGUGCCCAGGUUCGAUCCAAAAAGGGCCGAAGACAAAGCAGAACUCCCCGCUUCAAACAACGGCCCAAAGAGCAGACGGUGUUCUCCGUUGGAAGAUUUCGGGUGACACACACUGAUAAGAAGCUUUUUGGAGGCCCGACUCCAUUGGCGUCAUUUGGAGAUAAUUUGGACCAGUCACAGGACAGCGAGGACAGAAAGGACGCCGAGUACAACAUCAGAAGUAUGUUUGGAGAAGCUCAGCCGCCAUCGGAAGGCAUCAAUGGAGCUGCAAGCGCUGGGAAACGGAAGAAGAGCGUGAGCAUUUUUGGGCUGAGGCGUGGAAGUGACCCCAUAGGUAUGAAAGCAAAACCAGGUAUGGGCAGAGCGAUGGCAGAUUUCAAGUUUGCUGUUCACCAUCCACCCGCAGUUCUGGAGGAAACUCCGGAGGCCGAGAACAUUGGAGAGGAUUGUGAGUCUUCCACAAAACCCGCUCCCAAGCUUGACGUUUUAGCUAAAAGUGAUCCUCAAAAAACAGGAUUGGCUGAUUCACUGUCCAUCCAACGCGGGGAUAGCAGAUCUGAUUUAGAUCCUCAAGAAUGCUCCAAACUAGGUACAAGUCAAGAACCUCAUGUGAGCAUGACCCAGUCUUCUACAGGAAACACUGCAGCCCUUGCCCCAAAUUCCCUUCCCAUUCUGUCUGAGAGAACAGUAAACAUUGAAAACAAUGUGGUGAGAACAAUAGAGAUUUGUGAUCCUGGACCACUGCAGACUUCAACACCCAUCAGCCCUGUUCCAGCAUCCAUUCCCAGUGUGGGCCCUAGUGUCCUUGCCCAUCAACCUCAGCAUCAAUCCACUAAGGUCUUUUCCAUCAGCCAAAGUCCCCCUGACCUGAGCUCCAGCUCAGAUGUGGAACCAGGGUACGGGGCUGGUUUCCGGUUCAUUAGUUUAGGUUCAUCCCCUCCAUCUUCCACCGCAAACAAAACCUUGUCAUCAGUCUCUUUAGUAAAAACACCUACCUCCUCGCUGGCUGAGUCACCAAGCCCUAAAAGUAACUUAAGGAACUUGCGUCCUGAGGUAGAGAAAGCCAACUUCUCCUCCACUCUUUCACUGAGUCUCCCAAGUGGACCAGGAAAGACAGACCAAGAACCAAACCCAGGUGCUGGAUGUGUCCAAAAAGGUCUGAGUCACUCUAAAAGUAUGACACCUGCGACCAACGUGGACAUCUGUUCAAGCUCAAAGGAACAGCAAACAGACGGAGACAAAAUCUCAAAGACUGAAAUGAGGAGACCUGGAAUCCUAAAGACAUCCGAACAUUCUCCACCUUCUGGUCAUUCGUCUCCUGAUCGAGCUUCUACGGACAGACUGAGCAUGGCGCCUUUGUCACCUUCACCCACUUUGUCCCCAUCGCUACCUCACGGCGGCAGAAUGAGUCAUGUAACUAUCGUCAAAGCUAGCCCUGACAGCAAGAGGGAGUUCUCUGUUGUCACCAUGGUGGAAGACAGAGAAGUCCCUAACGAGCAGGAAGACAUUUCUGUUUCUGCAGGUGUAGGGUCUAAAAGCCAGAGCAGAGAAACCUUAGAGUCAACAGAUACCCAAAAACCGGAGAAGGACCACGUCAGAGACAACAAGGAAACUGAGAUGUUGGAAAAAACAGAGGAGUGACGCUAUAGUCAUGCUAAUCCCACAACUGUGAACAUGCUUUUGAUAAACUAACCAGAGCUGUUCAUACGUUUGCUGGACUAAAAGCUCCGAGCAAAUAUGAUGCUUUUCUUUUUCCCACCAAUCAGUUGUUCUGAAAAAAAAACAUAAUUUAUGCACCAGCUUUAUGUCCUUACAGCAGAUCAUCCAUUUGACCCUGGAGAACCAAAGUAGCUAGAAUUUGACCGCCGUUUUUUUGUGUUCAGCAGAAGUCGUAGACUGAAAGACCAGAUUUUAUUAGUUAUUUCGCAAAUCUUUUUUUUUUUUAACCUUUUUUUCCCCUCCACCACAAAACUCACCAAAAUUUGCUCACACCUAGUACCCAGUGACAAUAAAUUUGAGGUAUUUUGCCAGUUUAUGACCAAGUGUGAAAUUUAGCAAUUUUCACGUUUUUACACAACAUGGGCACAAAAAAAAUAGAACUUUGCUUGAGAAAUCUUCACAAAAUUUCACACACACACCACCAGAUUAAGUCUACAACUUCAGUCGAAGUUUUAUUGACCUUUGACCUUGGGAAGACUUAAUCUUGAAUAAAAAAAAAACAAAUCACUUUUAGUGCCAACUGCAAUUUUAAUUAUAAGUCUGUGGCCUUCUAACUACUCGAGCAUCAUUUGGAAGCUACAGGAGAGAAAAUGUUGGAAUUAAAAACAGUAGAUUUGGAAUGCCGUUAGCAUGGUAAAAGUGGCUUUUUUUAAAUUUAAAUUCAUUACAUGAAUCAUUGGCUCAAGCUAAACUAAAUCAUAUGACAUACGAUAUGAACAUUAUAGUAAUGUGGGCAUGGGGAACAAAAAAAAACUGUGUUGCUAAGGAAACCCAAAAUUUUACUUUUGCAGAUUCCUCUAAAAGUUACACAGACCUGUUCGUCACCCCCAGGCGACCAAAAGAUAAAAUGGUUGCUAUGGAGCUAAAAAACUAACAGGAAAGCUGUCAUUGUGAAAAAACUUUUUUUUCCCCCUGAAUUUGUGAUGUGCAGCUCUAACCAGGGUGGGAGAGGCAGAAGAGGGAGAAAACAAGGCAAAUGUGGCCGCUGCUCAGGCAGGUAGGGUGGGUCAAAGAGGGGAGGUGGGGGGGGGGGGGGGGGUAGCCCCUGUGAACCAUUCAACGCCACCUUCUGGCUUUUUUUUAGUUUAUUUUUUUUUUUGCCCCAACCAAACAACAAAAGCAAACUUAAAAAGCUCAGAGGGAAAUUUCUUUUUUGUUCUCCAGGGUUAAACAUUUCUUUGAGUGUUCGUUAUGUUUAUGGGUUGUUUGGAAGCCUUUUCUCUUGAGUUUAGUCUGAAAAUUUUCUUUAUUAUUUGAUUGCACCAAUGAGUCAGGAAUACCCUGCGAAAUUAGUUCAUAGCAAAGAAAAUAAGAAAUUAACAACCAUGAUGCUUCCACCACCAACAGAUGAAGCAAAACCCUGUGCUUAAAUUUGAUUUUAUUUCUCCAACUUUAAAACCAAAACCUAUAAGUUCUACACACAUUGUGAAUGUUUUCUGAGAUGACACAUCUCUCUUUUUGAGCCAUUCUUGGUGGUCCAUGAUGAUGGAGAUGAUUUGAAAUACCCUCAAAGUUCUUCCAAUUUUGCAAAAAUGGUGAUUUCAGAUAAGUUCUUGAUUUUUUUUAGUUUGACAAGCAUCAACAGGAAAUCUUCAGCAAGUGUCUUUUGUUAAAGUUGAUACUAGGAACAUUCAAUAAUCUCAUUAAAUUAUACUAUAAGAAGGCACUUAAUAAAACCUACUGUGAAGAUCCUCUGACUAAAUAUUAACACAUCUUGAUUCUUGCAUUUUGAACCCAGUUAGAGAUUUUUCUUCAACUUUCUCGUAAUUUUGUGCUCCUGUUGUACACAUUUUGUAUAUUUUAAACACUCAUUUUAAACAGUUGCACUGAAACGGAAUCGGAGGACAUUUAUUUUCAUCUUUGAAGCUGCGCUGCUAAAGUCACUUACGUCACCAUGCUGUUCGUUUUUAAAUACAUCAACAAAGAAAAACAUAAUUCUGACAUGAGGACUCGAGAUUUGACCUGGAAAAAGAAAGUGACUUGUUUGCAUUUAUGCCGUUUCCCAACACACUGCCUUUCAUGUAACUUUCACUUCCUGUCACAUAAAUGUUUGCUUUAUAAAUAAACACCUGAAAAAAUGGUC